GCAGGACAAGGGAUUCAGUGCAGUGAUGGGAGAAACCUUCCAUGAGCAGCUUAAGAUGGAUAGUCGGUUCCUCAGGACCGACCACCGUCUGGACACUGAACUCGUAGAUAAACUCAUCCUGCAACUCAACCGAAUAUAUCCCCAGAUUCUAACCGACAAAGAAGCUACCAAGUUCAGAGACCUGGAUGUGCCAACUUGUAUCAGAUUGGCAGAGCUGCUGGCCUACCUGCAGGAGAAAGGGGAGGAGGCAUGUCGGGAGUUUUACCGAGCGCUCCAUCUGCAUGUGGAAGAUGUGUACUUCAGUUUGCCCACUCGACUACGUCGUAGAGGCCCCCUGUUCUUCUUAAGUUGCUUUAGUGUUGCUUUGGGAGUUGCUCUACUUUAUUACUAUGGUGAGUCCAAGGUUGCAACUGGAAGUAGCCGAGCCUUGGGAUUGGCGGCGCUGGGUUUGGGCAGGAGAGUCCGGGAGGUCCUCAUAUGGUACACAGAAGAUAGUAUUAGCAAAUAGCGGGACCCGAUGUCCCUGUUUUGACCCGUAUCACUUCAGGAUGUCCAGAUUACUUCUCAAGGUUUCUUACUUCAGGUUUUUUUCCAUGCAAAACUUUACAUUAUGUAUGUAACAUCACUUAUCCUCGUUUGGAUCCCAGCGUUUUUGGGACAGCUUGGACUGCCUUAACAAACUGUGUUUUUGUUGUUUGUUAAAACUAUGUUAUUGAAUAACUCCUCUGGCCAGAAUGUAGUCAUUAGAGUGGAGGUGCAUC